CCAGUGAGCCGCGGGGCCCGGCCGCGGAGGGUCCGAGGUGUUAGGGGUGUGUGUCGGUGCGCCUGGGAUGUGCAGUGACUGACUGACCCGGAGCCAUGACCGGCAGGGUGGUGUCGCGAGCGAUGGUGACGGGGCGGCUGGUGCUGGCCGCCCUGGUGAUGGUGAUGGUGCUGUGGACACCAGCCGCGGCGUGUCCCAAGGAUUGUGAGUGCAGCGCCUCGGUGGUGGACUGCUCGCAUCGCGGACUGACGAGGGUGCCGUUCAACAUACCCAGGAAUACGCACAAAGUGCAACUGGAAGGGAACAAUCUUACCGUGAUACGACAGGCAGACUUCAGGGACCUCCGGCAGCUGAGGAGCCUAAACUUGGCUCAUAACGACAUUCACCUGCUGGAGGAGGCGUCGUUCGCCGACCUGACCCGGCUGGAGAAACUGAGGCUAAACAACAACCACAUACGUCAUCUGCCGGCCGCUCUGCUCGCUAGCCUGGGAAACCUGCAAAAACUGGACCUGGGCCAUAAUCUCAUCAGGAGCAUCCCAUCCGAUACUUUCGCCAAGCUUGCCAGCCUCCGAGAAAUUAACCUGGAACAUAAUCAGCUUCGAUGUGUCAGCGCCGACGCCACAAGCUCCAGCGGACAACUGGAAAUACUACGUCUGGGCGGUAACCGUCUGCAGCACCUUUCCGCCCGGCUGCUGCACCACAGUCCCCGGCUGAGGGUGGUCACACUGGAGGGCAACCCUCUGGUGUGCGACUGCCACCUCAGCUGGCUCGUCCGGCUGGCCAGGGGAGGCCUGCUGGACUCGGGAGCCGUCUGCCACGCGCCCUACCAGCUGGUGGGGAGGGGUCUGAGAUCACUGGCCGCCGAACAACUGAAAUGUGACGCCGACUCCCGGCCACCGGACAGCCAGUGUGCGCCCGAGAGCCUCUGCCCGGAGGAGUGUGUCUGCUCCCAGGGCUCUGUCGACUGCCGAGACCGCGGGCUGGAGGUCAUCCCCAAACACAUCCCCCUGGACACCAUCGAACUCCGCCUGGAACAGAACAAGAUCAGCGAGAUCCCUGCGCGGGCCUUCAGCGCCUACAGACGCAUCAAACGAAUAGAUCUGAGCCACAAUCAAAUCUCCAAGAUCGCGUCGGAUGCCUUCGAAGAUCUAACGGAACUCAACUCUCUAGUCAUCUACGGGAACCGGCUCAGUAUGCUGCCUUCUGGCCUCUUCCACGGACUGGUUUCUCUUCAACUGCUGCUGCUGAACGCAAACAAGAUAUCCUGCAUUCAGAAGGACGCAUUCCGAGACCUGAAUAGCCUGACGCUUCUGUCUCUGUUCGACAACAACAUCCAGUCACUUUCAAAUGGAACAUUCGGGCCGCUGGAAAACGUACAAACGCUCCACCUGGGUCGGAACCCGUUCGUAUGCGACUGUGAGCUGCAGUGGCUGGCGGAAUACCUGGAGAGGCGACCCAUCGAGACCAGCGGCGCGCGGUGUCAGGAGCCGGCCUCCCUCCACCGGCGCAAGCUCUCCGCGCUGCGGCAGGUGCAGCGACAACUCAGAUGCUCGGACGGGUCGCGCUCAGAGCACUCGGACCAGUGCACAGCGGAGGACGAGUGUCCGCCGUCGUGUCGGUGCUCCGGUACCAUGGUGGACUGCGGGGGACGGCGACUGAAGGCGAUACCCGAGAACCUGCCGCGCGCCACCACCGAACUGAUUUUGCGGAAUAACGCCAUCCGCCGGAUACCAGCACGUCAGUUCUCCCGGCUUCCGAAGCUGCGGAAGCUGGAUAUGAGCGACAACAGCAUCACGGACGUCGACGAUGACGCCUUCAAGGGCGCUGGACGACUACAGGACAUCACUUUGACCAACAACGACAUCCAGCACAUUCACGAUGGCAUGUUCCGAGGACUGCGAUCCCUGACCACGCUGUCGCUCUACAACAACAAGAUCACCUGCGUAAUGCCGGGUAGCUUUGACGACCUGAAGAACCUCAAAACACUGAAUCUCAUGUCGAACCCGUUCAACUGCAACUGCCACCUGGCCUGGUUCUCUGAUUGGCUGAGGACCAAUGACGUCACAUCUGGCAGCCCGCGCUGCCACCGGCCGUCGCGGCUGCAGGAUACACCAGUGGACGAGAUAUCGGUCCACGAGUUCACGUGCACGAGUGAUAACAGCGCCGGGUGUCUGCGCGCCGGCUACUGUCCGACCCACUGCAACUGUACCGGGACGGUGGUACGGUGCAGCCGCGCGCAGCUCACCGAGGUGCCCGAGGGAAUCCCGGAUCUCACUACAGAGCUGUACCUGGACGUCAACCAGCUGCGAUCCGUCAACGCCAGCCGGCUGUCACAUCUGCGCCAUCUGACACGCCUAGAUCUCAGUAACAACCAGAUCGCUGUCCUGAGCAACAACACCUUCAGCGAUCUCAAGAAGCUUUCAACCCUGCUGGUCAGCUACAACAAGCUGCAGUGUGUCGAGCGCUCGGCCCUGGCCGGGCUGAAGGCUCUGCGUAUCCUCAGUCUACAGGGUAACGACGUCUCCCAGCUGCCGGACGGCGCGUUCGACGACCUUCGGGACAUCACACACAUCGCGCUCGGCUCGAACCCGCUCUACUGCGACUGCGGCCUGCGCUGGCUCUCCGACUGGGUGAAGGGCGACUAUGUGGAGCCGGGUAUCGCGCGCUGUGCCGAGCCGCGGCAGCUGCAGGACAAGCUGGUGCUCACCACGCCCUCCAGCAAGUUCACCUGCAGAGGUCCGGUGCGCCGUGAGGUUCUCGCCAAGUGUAACGUCUGUUACACUGACCCGUGCGAAAACGGCGCCACGUGCACGCCACACGGCGAGCAGGAGUACACGUGCACCUGCGCGGCUGGCUUCUACGGCGAGAAGUGCCAGUCCAAGAUCGACGCGUGCUACGGAAACCCGUGUGAUAACGGAGGAACGUGCAAGGUCGUCGAGCAAGGCCGAUUUACCUGUCACUGCCGGGCCGGUUUCUCUGGAGACCGGUGUCAGACCAACAUUGACGACUGCCUUGGCCACCGAUGCGUCAACAAUGCCACCUGCGAGGACGGCGUGAACCAGUACCGCUGCCGGUGUCCGCCAGGGUUCGCCGGUCAAUAUUGCGAGAAGGAGAUCGAGUACUGCAGCAAGAGCUUCAACCCGUGUAAGAAUGGUGCCACGUGUGUGGAUCUGGGGACCUCGUACAGCUGUACUUGCCCCACCGGCUUCCAGGGACACAACUGCUCCGACAACAUCGACGACUGCGUUAACCACCUCUGCCAGAACGGCGCAGCCUGCAUCGAUGAAGUCAACGGCUACUCGUGCAAAUGCUCAGGCGACUUUUCCGGCAAGUUUUGCGAGCUGGGCCCGAUGGUGGCUCUCAACUACCCGCAGACGUCUCCUUGUCAGCAGCAUGACUGCAAGAACGGCGUCUGCUUCCAGCCAAAGAACUCUGCCGACUACGUGUGCCAGUGCUACGCCGGCUACUCGGGCAAACACUGCGAACACCUGAGCAGUCUGCGGUUCACGAGGAACGACUCCUACCUGGAGCUGGCGCCGCUCAAGUCUCUACCGACGGCCAACCUGACCCUGGUGGUGAUGACGGAGACCCAGAGCGGAGUGCUGCUCUAUCACGGCCGAUCCCAGCAUCUGGCUGUCGAGCUGUUCAAGGGACGGCUCAGGAUUAGCUACGAUGUGGGCAACUACCCCGUGUCAAACAUGUUCAGUUACGAGGUGAUCAGCGACGGCCGCUCUCACACCAUCGAGCUCCUCCUCGACCACAAGCGGCUCACGCUGCGUAUUGAUGGGGGUCAGACGCGCUCGAUCGUCAACGAGGGCUCUCAGCAGUAUAUGAGGGUGAACGCGCCGCUCUACAUCGGAGGCCUGCCGCGGAAGGUCGGCGUCAACGCCUACAGCCAGUGGCACCUGAGGGACAUCUCCAGCUUCGGAGGCUGUCUGCAGCGGCUCUACAUCGACGGCAGUCUCAGCGACUUCCACGAGACGCCCGGCCGGCGCCACGUCAAGCCGGGUUGCUCGGAGGACCUGCCGGGCCGGCCCGGGUACCAGACGCAGCAGCAGCAGCAGCAGCCGCCGCCGCCGGACCCCUGCCUGCCCAGCCCCUGCCUCAAGGGACGCUGCAAGAAGGUCGGGAGGGGCACCGACUUCAGGUGUCGCUGCCGGGCCGGCUGGGGCGGCAAACUCUGCGAUCAGGCACCCACGUGCCGCAAGAACACCUACAAGGAGUACGUGCGCGAGAACUCGUGCCGCUCCCGGCGGCCCGUGCGCAACGCCACGUGCGGCGGCUCGUGCAGCAACGCCUGCUGCCGGCCGCAGCGCUGGAGAACGCGUAAGGUGCGCAUGCUCUGUCAAGACGGCACGCGCUACAUCAAACAGCUGCAGAUCGUCAAACGCUGCCGCUGCAGCCGUAAAAAGUGCCGCCGAGCCUGAGGCUCGAACCGGGAACUGAGCGGUGUUGUAUUGUGCCGGCUAACUUACGACCUAAGUGGACGGGAGUGAGUGGACAUUCAGUGCCAAGAACUACAGGCGCUUGUCGCCGGUCUUAGUGAAGUGUAUGUCCGAACUCGAGUCCAAAAUGGACCGAUGGCGGCAUGAGUGCGUCUCUUACGGUCCGGAUUGCGUCCGGAAUCACGAGUCCGAGCGGCGUGAGCCCGCCAGGAAUCGUGAGUCCCGCGGGAGACGUCUGAGCGCGUGCCGACGGGCGGACGCGCCUGCAAUCCCUCAGCACUAAAUACCUGAUCGUACUUAGUGGCUGCACAUAGGAUCUGAUAUUAUUAUUGAUGUUGCGUUGUUUGCUCGAGCGGCUCGGUUGCGUACGCGGCUGAACCGGCAGUAUUAGGCUCGUACUAAGCGGCUGGCGUGGCGCCCACCUGCGCUCUGACGCAUGUGAAGUGAAGUGAGCGGACUAAGCGGCACAGCGCUGUCAAAUCGGACGCGAUAUUUUAAGUAGCGAUGUUACUGACUGCAGCUGACUCGUGCUGGGUGUUGUUGCGCCGCACGGGGCGUCCGGUUAGUCUUAUGCAGCUCCUCGCGCGCGUUGUCGCCAUGUGUGGUCUACUUGUUCAACUUCAUUGCAUUCAUCAGAGAUUAGGGUCGAGCGGUGGUAGGGUGGCCGAUGAUAUGACCCGGCGACACUUCUAUUUUUGUUGUAAAUAAUAACUAGAACGAGGUCGUCGUUGGGAGUUUUGCAUGUUUUGGCUGCAAUAUAUCUACCGCUGCUCGAA